AGAAGAGGAAUCCUGUCAGUCACAAGCUCCAUCUAUGACCCCUUGGGCUUCCUAGCACCUGUAAUAUUGCCAUCAAAGAUUCUAAUGCAACAGUUGUGCAAAGAAAAACUCACAUGGGAUGAGGACAUUCCAAAACAGUGUGCAGAAAGAUGGACUUCUUGGUUACGAGGGUUAAAUCAGUUAGCUGACUUCAGUGUAACAAGGUGUAUAAAACCAGUGGACUUUGGAGUGCCCACCUCUGCACAACUGCAUCACUUCUCGGAUGCAAGUGAGGUAGGAUAUGGAGUUGUCUCAUACCUCAGAUUGUUGAAUGCUGAUGGACUCGCACACUGUGCCUUCGUGAUGGGGAAAUCUCGUGUGGCGCCAUUAAAGCAGACCACCAUUCCACGUAUGGAGUUGACUGCUGCUGUCGUUGCUGUUAAAACGGACAAGAUGCUGAAAGAAGAAUUGGAACUAGACUUACAUGACUCUGUAUUCUGGACUGACAGCACCACUGUUUUGAGAUAUAUUGACAAUGAAGGUCUUCGCUUCAAAACGUUUGUUGCAAACAGAAUUGCCACCAUACGAGAGUCAACUAGACCACAACAGUGGAGAUACAUCAAUACAUCUAUGAAUCCAGCAGAUUGUGCAUCAAGGGGACUUACUUGUGAAAAGUUCAUGAAAAACGUGAGCUGGAUCAAUGGUCCUUCUUUCCUCAAAGAACCAGAAAGCAACUGGCCCGAGUCAAAUUGUGAUCUAUCAAAAAAAGUAGAUGACAGUGAAGUGAAACACUCAGCUUCAGUAAAUCUUGUGUAUGCAGUGGAUGGCACAGAUGCUGUGAACAAAUUGAUCAACUAUUACUCUGACUGGUACAAGUUAAAGAGAGCCGUGGCAUGGAUCCUUAGAUUCAAAGACAGCUUCGUACAACACAGCUUAAACAAAAAAGGCCUGAGUUGUAAAACAAAUUCCCCAGCAGAAAACUGCAAGGCUCUAACAAUGCAGGACUUAACACGAGCUGAAAAUGAGAUCAUCAAGUUCACUCAAAAACAAAAAUUCAAGGAAGAAAUGUCAAUGUUGCAAAAAGGUAACACAUCUGUGAAAAAGAACAGCUGCCUUUCUAAAAUGGAUCCUACACUUCAGGAUGGAUUGCUAAGAGUUGGAGGUCGUCUUGGUAGAUCUGCAAUGUCUGAACAUUCAAAGCAUCCAAUCAUUUUACCCAAAGACUCACAUGUCACAACUUUAAUCUUAAAAGACAUUCAUGAGAGAAUUGGACAUUGUGGACGGAACUACAUGCUUUCAAGGUUGCGACAGAAAUUCUGGCUUCCUUCUGCAAACUCCAUUGUAAGAAAGCUUCUUUCCAGAUGUGUAACAUGUAGAAAGAUCAGAGCAAAGGCAUCAGAGCAGAAAAUGUCAGAGCUGCCACUUGACAGAAUCAUUCCAGAUCAACCACCCUUUACCAACGUCGGGGUUGACUACUUUGGACCGUUUGAGGUCAAACAAGGUAGAAGUAAUGUUAAAAGAUAUGGGGUUCUGUUUACCUGCUUAACAACAAGAGCUGUGCAUAUUGAAGUUGCACAUACUUUAGACACAGACUCGUGUUUAAAUGCCAUCCGACGCUUUGUAAGCAGGAGAGGCCAAGUGUCAAUCAUGAGAAGUGACAAUGGCACUAAUUUCGUUGGUGCUGAAGUUGAAUUGCGCAAAGCCAUUCAGCAGUGGAAUCAAUCAAAAAUUGAAAGCACUCUCUUGCAAAAGGGAAUACAGUGGAUGUUCAACCCACCUUCUGGAUCUCAUUUCGGUGGAGUGUGGGAAAGACAGAUAAGGUCUGUUAGAAAAAUCCUAAAAUCUGUGCUGAAAGAACAAACACUUACUGAUGAGAGCUUGCAUACAUUCCUGUGUGAAGUGGAAGCAAUAAUAAACGACAGACCACUUACCAUUUCAACGGAUGAUCCCGCCGAUCCAGAACCUUUAACACCUAAUCACCUGUUAUUAAUGAAAGGACAACAAGCCUUACCUCCUGGACUUUUCAAAAAAGAGGACAUGUAUGCACGUCGCAAGUGGAAACAAAUUCAAUAUCUUGCUAACCUAUUCUGGAAGCGGUGGGUGCGUGAGUAUUUGCCUUUGCUUCAGGAGCGGCAAAAAUGGACACAGGUAAAGAAAAACCUUAAAGUUGGAGAUGUUGUCUUGAUAAUAGAUGACUCGUCACCAAGAAACUCAUGGAUCUGUGGAAGAAUCAUGAAAACGUUCCCAGAUAACAAAGGACUGGUAAGACGUGUGUUGGUUAAAACUAAGACCAAUACCUUGGAAAGGCCUGUUGACAAGUUGUGCCUUAUUUGUGAAAUGGACAGUUAACACUUCUCAAAUAAAAAAGAGUGUUUCUCUGCCUUAAAGGACUGAUAAUAGACACUUAUUGUCUUUAACGUGAUGCAUAAUGUACAUAUUUCUUUAGCAUGGCUCUAUCGUUUUUGUUAAAAAAAAAAAAAAAGUUAAUUGUCAGUCUGCUUGCCUGUCAAUUAGGGGUGGGUAUGUAAGAGCUAUAAUCCAUAUUUAGAAUUUAUUAUUUUCAUAUUUUUUAUUAUGUAAUUUUGGUUCAAUAAGGUUUGUAAAUAAGUCAGUUCCUGUUGUGUGUAUUAUAUUUAUCUGGUUUAUAUUUGUUCCUACUGCGCAUGUGCAGUUACGUCAUUGUUUGUAGUUCACUUAAAGAGUUGUCGACGCAUAUGCUAUACGUGCUCAUAAUUAGUGGAAGAACACAAGCUUUUGACCGUCUCUCUAUCAUCUCAUUAUUUUGUUAUAUAGCAUAUUUAAGUUUAUCGAUCUCUUCAAAUAAGUUGUUGAGAAAACAUCGUUGGAUUAUGCUGUAUUUGCAAAUGUGAGUGUUUAUUGAAAUUUUGGAAGAAGAAUAAAUCACUGUAAAGGAAUAAGGACUUUGAGUGAUAUAUACAAGAAAGCAAGAUACGCGUCAAAACUGGUGGAAAACAAAUAAGAAUCUCACAUGUUC